GCAAAGCUCCUCGGCACGGGCUGUGUAGUGUAGGGCCCACCGCGCAAUGCCCGAGAUCUGCUUCGCUCGCCCAACCGCGCCCGCCACCGCCUCCCAUGGCACCGCCGGCGAGGAGCCCGACAGCGGGGCCUCGGCGGCGCGCCCUCGUCGUCCUCGCCCUCGCCCUCCUCCUGCUUCUGCCCCUGCUGCUGCUCCUCCACCUCAUCUCCUCGCCUUCGCCUCGACACCUCCCCGCGCCCCGCACGCCCUCCCAGUCUCAGGCCUGCGACUACUCCGCCGGCGAGUGGGUGCGCGACCCCUUCGCGGGCUCCUCGCUCCGCUACGACCAUACCUGCAAGGAGAUCUUCAAGGGAUGGAACUGCAUCGCCAAUGGCAAGGGUAACGCCCGCGACUUGCUCAGCUGGCGGUGGACGCCCGCGGGGCCCGGGUGCGAGCUCCCCCGCCUCGACCCGCGCCGGUUCCUGGAGCGCCACAGGGACACCAGUAUCGGAUUUGUGGGUGAUUCGUUGAACCGCAACAUGUUUGCCUCAUUAGUCUGCAUGCUCAGGGGAGUCAAUGGUGAGGUUCGCAAAUGGCGUCCUGCUGGGGCAGACCGUGGCUUCACCUUCCUACGCUAUAACCUCACUGUGGCAUACCACAGAACAAAUCUCUUGGUACGCUACGGUAGGUGGUCAAGGAAUCCAAAUGGAGGCCCUCUAGAAUCUCUUGGAUAUAAGCAAGGUUACAGAGUUGAUGUGGAUAUUCCUGACCAAACAUGGGUAGAGGCAUGUAGCUUCCAUGAUGUUCUUAUUUUCAACACUGGGCAUUGGUGGUGGGCACCCUCAAAAUUUGAUCCAAUACGGUCACCAAUGCUGUUCUUUGAGAAGGGGAGGCCAAUUGUACCUCCUUUACUGCCACCGGCUGGACUGGAUCUGGCUCUUCAAAACAUGAUAUCCUUCGCGAACAAAGCAACAAGACCAAACACAGUGAAAUUCUUCCGCACUCAAUCUCCUAGACAUUUCGAAGGUGGUGACUGGAAUGAAGGUGGAUCUUGCCAAUGUAAUCAGCCCUUGUCGUCAAAAGAGGUGGAAGAAAUUUUCUCUUUGGACAAUAACAGCACUAAUGUAGAAGCACGCUUGGUAAACCAACACUUGGUGAAGGCUCUUCAACAGACUAGUUUCAGAGUUCUGGACAUCACUCGCAUGAGUGAAUUCAGAGCUGAUGCCCACCCUUCAACAACUGGCGGGAAAAAACACGAUGAUUGCAUGCAUUGGUGUUUGCCAGGACCAACGGAUACAUGGAACGAUUUGCUAGCUUUGAGUCUCGAGGCACUUGAGAGCUAGUUGAGAGAGCUCAAGAGCUCACCGGAGAAAAUAUCCCUAACUUUUUUUUCAGGGGGAAUAUGAGUAUGAAGCAUGAAUCUACUGGUAGAAUAGAAUUUUGCUGAUAGCUGGUUUUAGGGCUUUUGUUGCAGCUUGUUUCAUAUAAAGGCCAGGAGCAUUUUCCCCCACUUGUUUGACCCUGUAUGUUUUAAUAUCACUGUAGAGUUCCACUGACGAAUGACGAUAUACGAAUGCUAUAAUCGGUCGGAUCCAUUUUCUUGACCAACAGAUAGAUGGAGCGUCUUUUGGCCC